AUGGAGUCCUUAAUGCUCAACAAAGAUCCGUUUGCCGUCAUCAUUUUCAUCCCCAUUGUGCUGGAAUAUAAUGAUGUGGUAAAUGGCUCCAUCUGCUACCAGAUGUCUUUCUGCCUGACUGAGAUGUUCCUGUGGUCUUUGAAGACUAACUUACAUAUUAGAGAUGAAGAUAUUGGGAUCCACCAGUACCAUGACAAGAAAGAACCAGCUCGAGAUUAUCCUUGGAUACUGAAAAACAAGCGACCAGACAAACUACGAGAUACACUCAAGGAGGUAGAGGACUUAAUGCAAAACAGUCAAUGUGUGCUGAGCAAAUGGAAGAACAAACAUAUCUGUCAGCUCCUCUUUCACUCAGGUGUAUUGGUGUCCCUAAGCCUUUCUGGGCCACAGCUGGAGAAAGUGGUGAUUGACAGGACCCUGGUGGGGAAGCUCAUCUCCGACACCAUCAGUGAUGCUGUUCUUACAGACAAUUUCAUCAUCUUGUCAUUUGAGGACCAUAACCAACUCUGCUUUAUUCAGCUUACAAAGAAGAUGGAUUCUCCUGAUGUAAACAAAAGACUAGAAAAACUCUCUUGUUUGGACUUUAAGAUUUCUUAUAUUGAUAUCCUUGGACCAGAAGGUAGAAGGAUGAAACGUCACCUGGCAAUAAAUUGUAUGCAAGAUAUGGUCAUUUGCUGGUGGCCAGCAACUAGUGAUGGAGCAUGGCCUUGGUCUCCUAUUUCCUGUGAGAGGGACAGAGCCAACCUAUUGCUAUUAGGCUGUGCACAUGGCAAAUUGGAGAUUCUGAGUUAUGUCCGUACAGAAUGGGAUCCACUCGAUGCUCGCUUCAGCACUAAUCAGCCAUACCAGGUUUACACGGUAGAGCACUCCAUCUCCGCAGCCAAAGAGCCCAUGGCUGACAGCUGCGUCUACAAGUGCAUUAGGAACAAAAUUCAGUGUGCAGCAGUCACCAGAAUACCACUACGAUCCAAGGCCAUCAGUUGUUGCAGAGACGUUACGGAAGACAAACUGGUCCUGGGUUGUGAAGAUUCAUCAGUAAUUCUGUAUGAAGCCUACAACCAAGUGACUCUGUUAGCCCAAGCAGAACUGUUGCCUGCUUUCAUAACCUACCACCCUUCCGGAGCCAUAUUCAUAGUUGGCAGCUCUCAAGGGGAGCUGCAACUUUUUGACACAGCACUGUCCCCAAUUAAAAUUCAGCUCUUAGCACAAGACUAUUCACCUGAGGCAACUCUGCAAUUCAGUAAACACUUUGACGUGCCUAGCAGCCUCAUCCAGAUCCAGUGGGCUGCUCCUCAAGUUGCAUCUGCCACCGCUGAUGGCACAGAUAUUCAUGAUCUUCUGUUGGUUAGAUUCGACAAAGGACCCUUAGGAGCACUUCAGUUUAAACUUGGUGUGAUCACCAGAGGACAGCUGGGUCUUGUGGAAAUCAUCCACCAGUAUAUUCGUUACGAUGAGAUACACGAGGCAAUUAAUGUCCUGAAUACCAUGAACUGGAACACGAUGGGUCGCCAGUGUUACAUAUGCUUGAGUGCCAUUGUCAAUCACCUUCUUAAACAAAAGCUUACACCAGACAGAGAAGCACAGCUUGAGGCAAGCCUUGGAACCUUUUAUGCUCCAACAAGACCCCUCUUGGAUACAACCGUGCGGGAGUACAGGGACCCAAUCAGCAGAUAUGCAAGAAGGUUCUUCCACCACCUGCUCAGGUAUCAGAGAUUUGAAAAAGCAUUUCUGCUAGCUGUUGACAUAGGUGCUCGAGACCUGUUUAUGGACAUCCAUUACCUUGCACUAGAUAAGGGUGAAUUGGCACUAGCUGAAGUGGCAAAGAAAAAGGCUAAUGACAUUGAUGCAGAAUCAAUAACUACAAGAAUUGAACUUCUGGGGCAGUCAGAUGAAGAAGACCCAUCUCGCGAAGCUUUCAUUGAUCAAUCUUCGGAGCGUGGAGGAGAGCGCGACCUGCCUGCCCCCAGCCCGACUGUCAGAGCACCAGCGCAGAGCUGCUCCCGCAGACCCACCAGCCACAGACAGGCAGAGGACACCAAGCGUGAGCCUGGAGCGGAUGGCCACACCACCUCCCUGGCGGGGAAACCCUUUUCCAGCAGCUGGGAAGGAGGCUGGCGACAGCGGGUCUCUCAAAGUCGUGCACUUCGGGCUGGUGUGACCAAGCGUGGGACCCCCCUUCGCUGCCCCAGCAAGGAAGGGGAAACCUCACCCAGGUGGCAAAGUUCACAGAAAGUCCUUCAGCAAAAUUCCAGCCGUCCCUGGAUCUGGCCACCAGCAGAAGAUGAAGCACCAGGGCUAUAA